GGGCCGCGAUUCAUGGAGAAGAAGGAUGCAGAGGGAAAGCUCGUUGCGCCGCGUAUAUCUGAUGCGGAUGCGAGGCCCGCUCUCAGGACACGCUCUGCCACAAAAAAAAACGGCCACGCCAGUCAACCGAGAGCACCAACGCAACCCCGGUCCCUGGCAUCAUCGCUAUACCACCGGAUUCUCCGUCGAAGUCAAGGGUUGGUAGACCCAGGUCGGCAAAGCGCUCAAGAAAGGUAGACUAGACCGUGGCAGCGGUUGUUCCUGAGGUCUGAGGCGCACAGCCUUCGCGGACGCGAGGAAAGUCUGCGAAGAAUUAGAUGGAUUUAAGGUCACCGAAGACAAUCAUGACGAUACA